AUGACCAAACGAGUGACAAAAGCCAAAGGCAACACAAGGUUGGAAUGCUUCAGGACCCCCGCCCUGCAGAAGCAGGCUUUGGAUGGAAAAUCACGGCAGCAGUAUGCCAGGGGCAAAUUCAAGGAGAUCUGUGAGCGCCCAAAUGGCUCCUGCCAGGAAUUUUGCCUUGAAAAAGAAGUCCAUGCCAGGCAAUGUUUAAAUGGCCUAACAUGCUGCCUGCCUGUGGGGAAUGAGCCCUUCAUCAAGCCUACAACACCCAAGGAAAGAUGA